GGAACCCGCGACGGUCUGCAUGCCACCACCGGUGGAACCCCGACCAUGACUUCAGGCUGACCUGUACUUCGAUCAGGAUGAACCGUGGCUCGAGGGAGGAGCUCCUGGGCAGCUCCCAGGAAGCCCUCAGGAACAGCCAGCAUGACCUGAGGACCUUCAACGAGCGAGCCCUCACCAGAGAAGAGAAGACGUACCUCCUCCAUGCUGAUAGAGGAGACUACGCCACUGUUAAAAGGCUAAUAGAACAGUACUCCAACAACACAGAUGUCCUGGACAUCAACUGUGUGGACCCCCUAAACCGGUCGGCGCUCAUCGCCGCCAUUGAGAAUGAGAACAUCGAGCUCAUCAAACUGCUGCUGGACUCUGGGAUUAUGGUCAAGGAUGCCCUACUCCAUGCAAUCAAGGAAGAAUACGUAGAGGCAGUAGAGCUACUUCUGCAGUGGGAAGAAGACCACCAUGUACCCGGUGAUCCUUACAGCUGGGAGUCAGUAGACCCUUCAGCGGCCACCUUCACGCCAGACAUCACGCCUCUCAUCCUGGCUGCUCACAGGAACCACUACGAAAUCCUCAAGAUACUCCUGGACAGGGGAGCGACUCUGCCCAUCCCCCACGACGUCAAAUGCGGCUGCGACGAGUGCGUCAAGUCCUCCCAAGAGGACUCGCUGCGGCACUCCCAAGCUCGUAUCAAUGCGUACCGCGCGCUCACCUCCCCCUCGCUCAUCGCGCUGUCCUCAGCCGACCCGCUGCUGACUGCCUUCCAGCUGUCCUGGGAGCUGAACCGGCUGAGCAGGAUGGAGACGGAGUUCCGGGUCGAGUACAAGGCACUGCGGCAGCAAUGCCAAGAGUUCGCCACCUCCCUCCUGGACCACACGAGGACGUCCAACGAGCUGGAGAUCAUGCUCAACUACAACCCCUGGGACACGGACAGCUGGGAGCCAGGGGAGAGACAAACCCUGGGCAGGCUCAAACUGGCCAUCAAGUACAAGCAGAAAAUGUUCGUAGCACAUCCGAAUGUACAACAGUUGCUGGGCGCGAUUUGGUAUGAAGGCUUACCAGGAUUCAAGAGAAAAAACAUCGUCGGGCAAUGUGUUCAGGUAGCGAAACUUGGUGUGAUGUUUCCCGUGUACUGCACGAUCUACAUGUUAGCGCCGAACUCCGAGUACGGCCGCUUCAUGAAGAAGCCCUUCGUCAAGUUCAUCUGCCACAGCUCCUCCUACAUGCUGUUUCUAAUGCUGCUCUCCCUCGCGUCACAACGGGCAGAGUACCUGGUCCUGGAAUGGUCCGGGAUCCGCUGGCUCCAAGAACUGGUGGAGCAUUGGAAGGAGCACGAGCGAGGGUCUCUACCGGGGCUCAUCGAGUUCACCGUCAUCAUCUACAUAGCAAGUAAUUUGGACUUGUUAGCAUGCUUCUUGC